GGGGGGGGGGAGUCAGGGGGGGGGGGGUGGAGGAGAUAGCGAAGAAGAGAAAAUUGGGAAGAAAAGUUGGAGGUAUAAGGUAGGGGGUUCGGAUGAUAAUGAGGAAGGGAGGGAGAAACAGACGGGAAGAGAGAGAGAUUUUCAUACGACAGGAGGCUGCCAUAAUUAUGAUUUCGCACAUUUACUCAAACAUUAUGACGUCAUUUCGAAUGUUAUGAAACCUCGAUUUUUAUGUAAGAGUUGGACUAUGGCCACGAACUUGGCAUGAGGUUGGACUUUCCAAGGAAUAGCCUUGUAUUUUGGCAAAGGUUUUUAGCAAUAAAUUAACCCGACAUCCGAUUGUGAAAACACACAUCAAAUAUUUUAAUGACAACAGCCAUACCAGUUAUAAUAGAAAACAAAACAAUUACAAAACAAAUAGAUCGUAGAUGAUAAUAUGAUAUGCACUUCCCCUUAUUUUAAUUUCUUUCAUAUCCAUAUCAUUUUCUUAUAUUCUCCCUAUAAAAUGGACGGAAUUGAAACUUUUCCUUUUUGCCAAUUAUAUAAUUCUCAUCUUCCGCGGCCCCCCUCCUUAUUUAUUUUCUUUUUGUUGAUAUGUUCAUUUUGUUGUUGGUAAUUGUUCUUUUCUUUUCAUUUCUAACUUCAACCUUUUCCUCUCGUUUUUGUAAAGAGUGUAAUAUCUGAAAAAUGUAUAUAUUCUAAUGUUUACUUUAAGAACAACUUCUAAGAUGCAACGAUGCGUUCAGAACCGUGUGCACAGAUACAUGUGAGGAGACCAUUGCAUUGCACAAAGUUAUUCAACAGUUCCCACCAUCGGUCUUAAUCUGCGAGCGAAAGUGAGCUCGCGAACAAUGAAACAGCUAGUGACAUCACAAAAGACCCCCGUGCCUUGUCAAACAAACAAUACUUACUUAUAGCAUGUAUAUAGUUCGCAAGAUUUCCACAAAGCUUCAAACGAAAUAGAAACAUCAUCACACCAUAGGACUCUUGAGUUGUAAGACAGAUUUCGAGCUUGUUGCAAGUUUUUGGCAGAGUUCCUGUGCUUAACAUGCCUAUAAGGAAGAGGAUAAUUAUAUAGUGUCAGUCAACAGUUAUCUCCUAUCCCUCUAUACACGGUUCGAUGUCGAUCUUGUUUUCUCUCACUCAAGACUUGUUGAUCUAGUUUUUGAUGAUCCCGGAAUCCUAAUUGAAAUUGGGCAAGAAUAACACCAGGGUAAAUUCGAAGACUUCCCGAAUCAAUCACUAUCUCAAGGAUUGUCAUCAGCCGCCGACGUCACCGUUAACAUCGUAAGCAACGAUCAUCUUGUGUUCUUCUCAAGAUGCCUUCAUCUAAGGAGAAAGAGAGGAAGAUAGAGGGCGCUUCACCAGUGAGCUACAAAGGAAAAGAAGAUCACAAUAUUCCCCUCGUCGUUCUGACUGUGCUCAUGGUCAUCAUCUACUGCGUAUCUCUUGUUAUUCCAAACUCCGAGCGAUGGGGUUGGUUACCAACAUCUGUAGGGAAUGCCUCUGACGUACGCCCGACCGAAGUCACCCCAGCUGGUUGGGCGUUCCUUAUCUGGAUCAUCAUAUUCAUGUGGCAGAUGAUAUGGCUCAUCUACGCUCUCGUCAACCUCUGCCGUCGGAACGAACACGGUCCCGUCUACCUCAACCCACCGAUCAUCAACAUCCACUUCGUUGUCGCGUACCUGGCAAGCCUGGUGGCAAUCAUCGCCUGGUAUUUUGUCUGGACACAUCUUAUCAUCUGGGGAUCGUUGAUAGUGAUCGCUGUCAUUCCGGUGUCCGUCUGGACUUGCAUUGCUAUCCUUACUCGUGGACUCGUCUGCUACGAAGCUAACUUUUCAAGUCGAUUUGAUCUUUGGAUAUACCGUAUUCUAGUCCUCAACGGACUAGCUAUCUUUGGGACCUGGACCUCGCUCGCCACGCACAUCAACAUCGCUAUGGUCUUCAUCUACGAUUUCGGCACGAGUGUCAACGUCGGCUCCACCAUCGCACUCGUCCUCCUCCUCAUCCUCGUCAGCGUGUACGCAUUCCUCGAUCUCUUCUUAUGGGAUCGCUAUCUCCGAUUCAACGUCCUCUCCUUCCCCGUGGUCAUCUGGGCAGUGUCGGCCGUCAUCGACAAGCGACAGGACGAAGUCGAUUUCAGCGUUGAUGCAAAUUUUAUUCUUGCCGCCGUUUUGUUGUCUGUAGGUGUUCUUGCGUUCAUUCUAAAGAUUGUUUUACUUCUCGUUCGCUCUGUACGUGAGAGCCAACGGCACGUCGUCUAAAAAAUUAACUUGAAGACGCAAUAAGUUUUUGAUUAAUUACGAAUAGAUAAAUUCCAAGGACUGUGUAGCCACGGUCGCUAUUACUCGCGGUCGCAAUUCUCUAGGAACUCGAAUACUGACGUAAUAUCCAUACUCUAUUUUGUAUACGAAUCUGAUAUAUAUUCGAUUGUUGAUACUGGAUUAUAUGUAACAUCCAUGUCAAGAAGCUAGAACCUACAGUAGAUUUUUAUUAAGUAUUCGUAGUAUAUUGUAUAGUAGUGUAAUGAAGACUAGCUGUUACACCAUCAAGUAUUAAUUUUACAUGUAUUGUAUAUUUCAACAUGAAUAAUGACCAAAGAGUAUCUUUUUGCAAUGAAUGUCCUCUUUUUCAAAUAACAUUUUUAAGAGAACGACAGAUUGUUUAUUAUCCAGAAUGUUCCACAGAUUAAUUAUCGUUCUAGAUCCCCUAGUCACACGAUUGCGCAUUUACACUACUUGCUGCCCCAAACUAUGGAAUAACCUGUCAGUUGAUUUAAAAAGCUCUCCAUCACGUACUUUCUUCAAAAUAAAAAUUGAAAACAUAUCUCUAUAAUGAAGAAAAUUGCUGUGUAUACAUAGAAUUAAGUAAGGAGAGCUCCGAACAAGCGCAGCUGAAUAUAAUGAAAGCUGCGCUAUAUAAAUUUAUGUUUAUUAUUAUUUAGUAGAUGGACUUGAUUUUACAUUUUUAUUUUGUAUUUAAUACAAUGAUCGUAUUGUAUGGUCUGUGUAUUUAUUACCACUGAUAACUCGCUCAAGUAAUCAACCGAACCGUGAGUUGAUCGAUCAUUAAUCAUGUUCAUGCUUGUAACUGCACAGUCAUACUUGAUCAUAACUUCUUUCAGUUAGGCAAUGCUGCCAUCUUUAGACACUGAUGAUCAUAGCAAUGCACCUGCGUAGAUAUUAUUAUGACGGGCUCUUUUGACAAACUAUUUUAAUUAAUUAGUAAUCGUUUUUAAUAUUAGCAUAUUAAAUGUUGUGCCCCAAUUUUCAUAUUAACAUGUAUAUGAAUAAGAUAUAAGUUAUAAUUUUCCCCUUGCUGCUAAUUACUCAGGCAUUUGUUUUCUUCGAAUUGCUAUUAUUUCUUCACAGUUGCUAUGAACUGAACAGUAUACCAUAGGUUAAAAUUAUGUAUAUAUAUUUUUCGUUGACAUUAUGAGAUUGUCACAAUAAUAUUGUAAUUGAUGAUACCCCCAUGAUCAUUAUUAUCAUGAUUAUUGUACAUUUGUAUUUUUAUAUUUCAAUAAAUGCUGAAGCUCAUGCUAAGAAUAAGAAAUGACGUUGACACCUAUGUUGGUUCUAACGAUACCUAUGAUAGCGAUAGUGGGUAUGAUGUGGAUAUGUGUGGUAGUUUUUUUGAUGGUGACGGCUAGACAACUGUAGUGGUGGUUGUGAUGGUUGUGGUGGUGGGGGGGGGGGUUGAUGGUAAGCGUUACAGCCAGGUUAUUAGUGGUAGUUGAUGGCGAGGCUAUUUUUAUAUGAUGACGAUGGUAAUAUACAUGUAUUGAAGUGAUGAUGGUGGUGGGGACGGAUGUUUAUGAACGAUUAUUAUGACGAUGGCGAUGGUGAUGAAUUUGCUGAUUGUGACGUUUUUACAUUUAGGAACAGGGUCUAUUAAAAAAAAUAUAUUCAUUGACAUUUUAUUUUAUGAAGUCCAUUGUAAAUUUUAGAAUUGCCACACGAAGUAAAUAAAUGGAUGGGAGGGAUGGAUGGAUGAAGUCAGUGGGCCCCGCCUUACAAAGAGUUACGAUUGAUCCAAUCAACCACAACUAUGGAAAGCCAGCAACGUCAACAUCUAAAAUGCAAGUUUGUUCACAUUAUAUAUUUUUUUAGAUAUGAUGUAUAAUCAUGAAUUCAUUACUUUUUUUUUUGAAAAUUCAGUGUGCUUCUCUUUUUUUACAAUAGUUAUCAUGCAAAUUUCCUGGAAAAAACAAACAUGACAUUGUUGGAUUUCCAUAUUGUUUAAGAUGAUCGGAUCAAUCGUAACUCUUGGUAAGACGGGUCCCAGGGCCCCGUCCAGGGCCCCGUCUUACAAAGAGUUGCGAUUGAUCCAAUCAAUCGCAACUAUGGAAAGCCAGCAAAGUCAACAUAUAAAAUGCAUACUUGUUUUUUAAAAUUUCUAGAUAUGAAUGUAUAUCCACAAAUUAGUAAAAUUUCUUGUCAAUUUGGUGUGUUCUCCUUUGUUUACAAAGGACUUUUUCAAAUUUCAUGUAGAAAAAAAAUAUGACACUAAUGGAUUUCCAUAGAGUUACGAUUGAUUGGAUCAAUCGUCACUCUUUGUAAGACGGGGCCCAUGUCUACAGUCAUGACAAUGAUUAUUGUUAUCAUUAUUAUUAUUUUUAAUUAUGCUUGAUAUCGAAUUGAAUAUAAGUUUCUUGCAACGCCC